AUGGUCGAAGAGCCAGGCAAAUACGACUGGAUCCAGGCGUCCGUCUUCAUCAACUGGGAUCUACACGCUAAUCAGCAAAGCAUCUUCUUCGUUGAUGUCCCUGAUGCCGAACGCAAGCAGCUCGAGCAAGCCUUUCCCACCCGGGAUAUGGGAGAUCGAAACCCGUAUAUCUGGCACGCGAUCCGAAAUGCGUCCAGCGAGAACCUGCCCAAGUUCCUAAAGGGCCUCAACGAUAGCGCCCGCCAUGCUAUGCAUCUGAAUGAGACCAUGGAGGUCGCGGAGCAUACCAUGAACAGGCUGCUUACUGAGCAUUCACGCUGGAGAGAUGAGUUUCCCGGACAGAAAUUGGCCUUCGUCGCGAAGGAAAUCCAUUCGGCUAGAGCAAACACCCUCGUCUCCCACGAAAUGAGCCGCCACACCCGCUACGACAGCAUGAUAAUGAAAACCCUCAGCUUCGUCGGUAUGAUGUAUCUACCGGGGACAUUCGUUUCC